AGUGAGUAAAUAUAUUUAUUCACCACAGCUACAGUGUGUGUAGCUUGACGAUGAAGAUUCAUUUCUCUCUCACUCCUCUCCACUUCACCCACCGCUCCCCACUUCCACCCCUAAAUCACACCUCCAUAAACCCUAACCCCUAUCCAAUUCACUGCCUAUAGACUAUUCCGCCACUCAUAUUUUAUUUCUGUAAAUUAGUUCAUACAUUUACGGCGCGGCCAUGCCGAAGAUGAAGCACUUUCUUCGGAAGCUGCACAUCGGCGAUCACCAGCAGCCUCCCGUCCCCGAUCACCCAGCUCAAACGGCGUCGUCGCAGCUGUCGGAGUCGUCGUCUCCGUCUCCUUCGCCGUCGCCGCUGCCUGAUUUGCCGCUGACGGCGUCCUCGUCGGAGAACGAGGCCGCGGGCACCAAUUUCAAUUACCUCGAAGAGGAGUUCCAAAUGCAAUUGGCGUUGGCAAUCAGCGUUUCGGAUCCAGGUCAAACCGGCGUUGACUCGGAAAUGGCUCAAAUCAACGCGGUUAAGCAGAUUAGUCUUGGCCGAUCUCCUUCUCAAAGCCUAGCUGACUUUCUAGCCCUCCGAUAUUGGAGCUGUAAUGUUGUAAAUUAUGAUGAGAAAGUAAUAGAUGGAUUCUAUGAUGUUUGUGGAAUUGAUUCCAGCUCGAUGGUCCAAACCAACAUGCCAUCCCUAGUAGAUCUUGAAGCAAUAUCUGUGUUGAAUACUGUUGGCCUUGAGGUGGUUUCAGUCAACCGUGGUGCUGAUAUGGAGCUUCGGAGACUUGAGGAAAUAGUGCAUUUUAUGUCCAUGGAUUAUCUUGCUCUAAAUACUAGCCAGAGUACAAGCUCUCUAGUUCAAAAAAUUGCUGAUCUUAUUGUUGAAAGAAUGGGAGGUCCUGUUAGUGAUGUUGAAGAAAUGUUUUGGAGAUGGAGGGCACGGAGUCAGGAGUUAACAGUCAACUUCAACACAGUUGUCCUUCCACUUGGUUCUCUUGACAUUGGCCAUUCACGCCAAAGGGCCUUACUCUUUAAGGUACUUGCUGAUAGGGUUAGCAUUCCAUGUAAGCUAGUCAAAGGGAGUUAUCAUACUGGCACUGAUGAAGGAGCUGUAAACUUGAUAAAAUUGGACAAUGGAAGUGAAUAUAUUAUUGAUCUGAUGGGUGCUCCUGGGGCUCUCAUUCCUGCUGAAGCGCCCAGUAGGCGUCUUCAAAAUUUUGGGUUUGAUAUCACAACUGUUGCAGCAGUUGGCAAGGGUUCAUUUUCAGCACCUGACCAAGGAACCAGAGCUGAAGCGUCCUAUGUAGAUGAAACUGCCAAAACUGGAAGUUCAAGUUUUGACUCAUCUCAGGUUGCUACUGUACCAAAUACAAACAGUGGUAGAUUCGCUGGAAAAAUCCAGUCAGACCUGUUGGAGCAUGCUACUGGAGAUAUUUAUCUACCUUCAAGUGAAAUAUGUGAAAUGCCAUUGGGUGCUGGCAAGAAAAUAAAUUUGGUAGAGUUGCGAGUUGAAGAUGUUCCCAGGAAAGAUGCAACUGAACAAUUGCAUGUGCCUCUGGAUUCAGCUGGAUACAGACCAUCUUCUGAUACCCAACACGAACGAAGAGUAACUUUCAAAGACAGAAAGGAGGAAGACAUCCCAAAUGAUGGUGCUGCAAUUGCUACUGAACGUAUUGAUUCUUCUGGAAAUGGAGAGGCUAUACACAUAGCCUACACUGACCAGUCCAAUGCUAACAAGAUUCAAGAUAUGCAAAUUGAUUCAGCAAUAAAUGGAGUAGCCGAAAUGUUAUGGGAGGAUCUUCAGAUUGGUGAACGCAUUGGUAUAGGAUCUUAUGGUGAGGUCUACCGAGCAGAAUGGAAUGGCACGGAAGUUGCAUUGAAGAGGUUUAUGAAACAAGAUAUAUCAGGUGAUGCACUAGCACAAUUUAGAUGUGAGAUUGAGAUUAUGUUGAGGUUGCGACAUCCAAAUAUUGUUCUUUUCAUGGGAGCUGUGUUACGGCCCCCAAAUAUGUCUAUAUUGAUGGAAUUUCUCCCAAGAGGUAGCUUGUAUAAGCUGCUGCACCGUCCAAAAAUCCAAAUUGAUGAGAAAAGGCGAAUAAGGAUGGCCAUGGAUGUGGCCAGGGGAAUGAAUUAUUUACACACUAGCCAUCCGAUUAUUGUUCAUCGAGAUCUCAAGACUCCAAACCUUCUCGUUGAUAAAAAUUGGGUCGUUAAGGUUUGUGACUUUGGGAUGUCGCGCCUGCAGCACAACACUUUUCUAUCUUCUAAAUCGACUGCUGGAACGGCUGAGUGGAUGGCACCAGAAGUUUUACGGAAUGAACCAUCUAACGAGAAAUCUGAUGUAUAUAGUUUUGGGGUCAUUUUAUGGGAGCUGGCAACUCUCUGGGUGCCAUGGACAGAAAUGAACUCGAUGCAAGUUGUUGGAGCCGUUGGAUUUCAAGACAGACACCUUGACAUCCCACCCAUGGUCGAUCCACUGGUUGCAGAGAUAAUACGUGAUUGCUGGAUUAGAAACCCACAGGGACGCCCUUCGUUUGCACAGAUUAUUGCUCGACUCAAACGUGUGCGUCGCCUUAGAGUGCAGAGAACAACUGAGAGUCGCGAAACCCAUCCCUGAUGUAACAAUAGCUCAGUAGUCGUUCGAAGAACCAGCAGAGCAGGAGUGGGUUUUUAGAAAUCUUCAAAGGUACAGCUGCUAAGGAACAUAAUUGGAUUGGGUAGGCAGUGGUUCAUUGGCGAAGCUUGAUGCAACCCGAAACAAAACUCUCUCAUAAGUGCAGCUGGGGGAAAACAUUAAAUUCUUGAGAAAAUGGAAAAAAGUUUACAAGGUAUUAGGACUCACCAAUGUAGGUGAGUAAAUUUGUAAUAAAUCUUAUUUAGACUCAGAGAGAGGGGUGGUUUAGGGGGUAUCUGUUGAGACCACAAAAAAGUAACUGUAAAAAAAAAGGGUCUCUGUGGAUUUUGUAUAAAAAAAAAUUAGUAAAAGGUAGAAAAAAAUUACAAACGUAGGUCGCUUUAUUUGUUGUAUUUAAACCGUCACCUGGCAUAUAAGUUGUGAAGGCAAAAUUAUCAAAAAAAAAAGAAAAGAAAGGGUCUCUCAAAUUCUCUAUUA